CUGACCUCCAGAUGCCCCUCAAUUGUCAAACUUGGUUCAGUUCAAGAUUGUACAAAAUCCUCCUCCUAUGUAUGUAUUUCGCUUAAGGCGGAGCAAACAUAUUUGUCUAGCAGUAGAUUCGGUAUGUACCAACGAAGCAGUCAUCGCGAUGGCGUCGUGGAGCAAGCACACCACGAAAACGGAUUUCCGCCUCUAUCCACGGGUGCAUCUCAACUCUAAUGUUUCAGAGUUUUUUUUUUUUUUUUUUGCGCUGUGUGUUGUGUCAUUUCCCAAAUCUCUUAACCUUCUUUUCUUCUUCCCGGCCACCGCUUAGAAGAAAGACCAUUGAGCCGUCGCCGUCUAGAAUGGGGGGCUGCGCCACCGGGAAUGAUCUGAGGGUGGCAACUGAAAAUAGACCUCGGAGCAGCAGCAUCUGCAGGACCCCAACCAGGCAAGCAGAGGGGGGGGGGCGGCGACGGCGGCGGCGGAGAACCACCUACAGCCGUUCCGCAAUGUGCGCUACGUAUCAGCUUUGAAGGAACUGAUUGCUGCACCCCGGAAUCAUCACUGGGAAAGG